GGCUUGUUUAGUACAAGCAAGUGAGAGCAAGUGAUUUAGAACAAAAAAUUUGAUCUCGAAAAAAGGGUUGUGUUGUAGGCUUUCUCCUUUUAUCGAUCAUGUCGUGGACUUCAACGAAUGGCAUUAUGUGGUGAGUCACCAGUGAGCAAUCGGUCGGUAUUUGUUAUUGAAUGAUGAAUAGGUCAAAUUUGAUCAGUCUUGCACCAAAGUCGGGAAUGCGAGCACAUCAGCUCCUCUUGGAUAUCGUGACCUGGUGAGAGAUUUCUCGAGUCCAUCCCAUGUUUUUUAGCUAAAUCUUUGAAGUGCACCCUUAUCGUACUUCUCCAAAACGGACAGCGGCUCAAUCCUGAACAGGCAUGCAUACUCUCCUCGGCUUAGUAGAUAGUCACUAAUGUGUUUCUAGAUUCAGUCAAGAUAUACAACUGAUCGACAAACAAUUACCACCAGCUCUCUCUAAUGUAACAACCCGUGAGGUUCCAGGCGCUCGAACUGACUGUUCAAAAUGCUAAUCUCUUCAGAAAUUUUCAAACUCAUGAUGCAAGCGGCCCUUCUCUUCGUCGCCCAGAAAUGACUGGCAUUAUCACUGCCAGCUUGCAUCCUCGUAGUCUAUAUCAUUCAAAAAAUCUACUUCCGAACCUCGCGAGAACUCCGCUUCCUAGAAUUAGAAUCACGCGCCGCAGUCUUCUCAAGUUUUCUAGAAUGCGUCAGUAAUUCAUCUAAAUCCUUCAUCACCCCUAACUAACUCCCACAAGGUCGAAGGUCUCGAAGCCACACGAGCAUUCGGCUGGUCUCGGCACGUUAUCCAAGAAAAUAUCUCACGAGUAGAUAAAUCGCAACGUCCUGAAUUUCUACUGCUGUCUUUACAGAGGUGGCUUAACAUCGUGCUUGAUCUCUCGGCUGCGGCGAUUGCGACAGGUGUUGUGGCUAUAGCUAUUGGCCUCCGAGGGAGUAUUAGUGGUGGACAGAUUGGGAUUGCUCUCAAUAUUAUGCUGGUUGCUAAUACGACGUUGCUGAAGCUUGUGGAGAAUUGGACAAAUCUCGAAAUCUCUCUAGGGGCGAUUGCGAGGUUGAAAGGAUUUGAGAUGAUGACUGAGUCGGAGGGGAGAGAUGGAGGAGAUUAUGAGCCUCCUGGUGAUUGGCCUACGAUGGGACGGAUUGAGUUUGAGGAUGUUGGCGUGUCCUACAAGUAAGUAGCUACGAAGCAAUUUUUCGGAUCCCAGCUGAUGGUUGAUGAUUUCAAGCUCCGACUCUGCAGUCCUGCAGAACAUCAAUCUCGAUAUCGACCCGGGUCAAAAGGUUAUCAUCUGUGGACGAACGGGCAGGUAGGUUUCCCUCAUCACCCGUCUCUUUACCGAUUAUAUAUCAACAUUUACCCAUAUACAGCGGCAAGAGUACAUUGCUCCUUACCCUCCUUCGACUCCUAGAACCCCAGUACGGCACAAUAAAACUAGAUUGCAUAGAUAUUCGUCUUGUGCCGUCAGAAUACCUCCGAGAACGCUGUUUUAUCACCGUCUCCCAAGAUACCCUCGUCUUACCCAAUGACACCCUGCGCUUUAAUCUUGAUCCUGAUGGGUCUCUAUCGGACGAAGUUAUUAUCGAUGCAUUGAAAAGGACUAGACUGUGGGACCACUUUAUUGGACACGAGAGGGAUGCAGAAAAUUCACUGAACGUCAGACAUCCCAUUCUCGAUCAACAGCUCUCACUCUUCCGCGAACUCUCAGUGGGUCAAUUUCAACUCUUCGGACUUUGUCGGGCACUAGUCAAGGUCAAGAGCCUAGAUUCUGCGAGAAGUAAUGGUAAACCGGUAGUUCUUUUGGACGAAGUUACUUCGUCGCUGGAUUUAGUGACGGAGGCUGUCAUUUAUGGAAUUGUUGAGGAAGUGUUCAGUAGAAAAUGAUAUACAGUAAUCAUUGUUGCGCAUAGACUUGGUGUUUUGGCUGAGCAUAUGAAAGCAGGAAGGGAUGUUGUGGUGGCGAUGAGGGAUGGAAGAGUGCGGGAAGUUAUCACUGAUGUGAGCAUGAUGAGUUUUGAUGCGGAGAAUAGAUGAGGUCUUGGAAACAGACAAGACCCGAUCGGUGUGACUCUCUAGAAUAGUUCUUGAUUUCUAUAUUCG